AUGCGCUCCGUAACGCCGCUGUCAGCGCCCAGGAUGAUGGAUCUGCCUCAGUUUCAAAGUAACCACAAGGAAAGUUUGUAUUGGGGCACUUAUAGACCAAAUGUGUACCUUGGAAUUCGUGCAAGAACCCCCCUGUCUCUAAUUGCUGGAUUGAUGUGGAUUGGCUUGAAAAAUGGACAAUACUUUCUUCGUCAUGUUUGCCAAGAUUCUGAUGAGCUGAGCACAUUUGGGUGGACAGCUCACAAUGGUAGGGAUUAUGGACGUCAAGUGCUGGUUGAUCAUGGCCUAUUCUUGACUACUAGUUUUCUGAAAGAGAAAGGAGAGAGCAGUGGUUAUGGUGGAGACUGGGCAGUUCGAUUGGACGCUAACAGCGAGAGGUCAGGCUUAAGUGAUGCUCAAGAAAGCACCACACAUCUUUUUUUCUACGUUGCUGAUGAAACUGGAAAUCAGAUCACUAUGGGUUCAUAUGAACCUUCAUCAAGAGGCCCUGUUCUUUUGGCAUCUGGGUCGCAUGAGGAGAUUGGUGAUUGGGAAUUGUACUUGAGAUCUGAGGCAAUGCAAACUGGAAACCUUAAUCUACCAGACAUUACUGAGGAUUCUUCAAAUAUAAUGGUCUAUCAGGUUUCCAUAAAGACUCCUGCUCAAAUAGACAUAGUAUUCUUGUCAGGGUCUUCCUCAAAGUCUCCAGUGAUUGAAGAGCGGAUUAGCAAGCUAACAGUUUUCAUUUUGAUUAAGAUUGAUUCCAGAGAAUUAUCUGUUGGUAGAGCUGCCUUGUCAAGUCUUCUUGGCGGUGUUGGCUACUUCUAUGGGCAGUCCAAAAUUGCACUUCCGAAAGGUUUUACACAAAAAAAUGGGGAUAAAUAUAUUCCAUAUUGGCCCGCUGCGUUAUAUACAGCUGUGCCCAGCCGCUCAUUCUUUCCAAGGGGAUUUCUGUGGGAUGAGGGCUUCCAUCAAUUAGUCAUUUGGCGUUGGGAUGUGCAUAUAUCUAUGGAUAUCAUUGGACAUUGGUUAGAUCUGCUUAAUUCAGAUGGAUGGAUUCCUAGGGAGCAAAUCUUAGGAGCUGAAGCUUUAAGUAAAGUUCCUGAGGAGUUUGUUCUGCAGUACCCUUCCAAUGGGAACCCUCCAACUUUAUUUCUUGCGAUACGUGAUUUGGCAAGUGGAAUACAUGCACAUCAGUUUUCAGAUGAGGAAGCUGAAAAGAUUUCCAGUUUUCUUGAAAGGGCUUAUAUACGGCUAAAUUCUUGGUUUCAGUGGUUCAACAGUACACAAUCAGGUAAAUACGAAGGCACCUUCUAUUGGCAUGGAAGAGACAACAUAACAACAAGGGAGUUGAACCCAAAGACUCUGACAUCUGGAUUGGAUGACUAUCCUCGUGCAUCUCACCCUAAUGAUGAAGAACGGCAUGUUGACCUUCGUUGUUGGAUGCUUCUAGCUGCAAAUUGCAUCCGUUCCAUUGCAGAGUUUCUUAAAAUGGAUGGUGCUCUUGAGAAGGAUUACUAUAAGAUAUCAAAUCAACUUUCUGAUUUCGGAACACUUAACAAGUUGCACUUGGAUGACAAAAUUGGUGCUUAUUUUGAUUAUGGUAACCAUACUGAAAAGGUUCGAUUGAGAUGGUUUGAUGUGAAAGACAAGGAUACUAUGAGACGAGAGUUCUUGCGGGAAACAUUACAACCCCCUCAGCUGCAGUUAGUACCCCAUGUUGGCUAUGUCAGCCUCUUCCCAUUCAUGAUGGGGACUAUUCCACCUGAAUCGUGGGUUCUUGAGAAGCAGCUCGAUCUGAUAUCUAAUACCUCUAUAUUGUGGACAGAUUAUGGCCUUCGAUCACUUUCUAGAAAAAGUUCAAUAUAUAUGAAGCGUAACACAGAGCAUGACCCGCCUUAUUGGAGAGGUGCCAUUUGGAUAAACAUGAACUACAUGGUACUUUCCGCACUACAUCAUUAUGCACAUGAGGAUGGUCCAUAUAGCGGCAGGGCAGGGGAAUUGUAUGACAAGCUAAGAUCAAAUCUUAUCCGGAAUAUCGUGCAGAAUUACGAUGAAACGGGGUUCUUCUGGGAAAACUAUGACCAGAAGAACAAAGGAAAGGGAAAGGGUGCACGGUCAUUUACUGGAUGGACUUCACUUAUUGUUCUGAUCAUGGCAGAGUCCUACCCAACAUUGCAUAGGUGA